UUUCUGUCGAACUUUCCCUCCAACGUCACAGCGGCGGGUGAACUUCUCGACGUUCCCUCGAAGUUACAUAUAGUACGUGACAGUAGGUAGGCUAAUAAACAUUUCCCUAGGAUUUCACUUGCUGUGUACAUGACAUAUCCAUGUCUGCGAACUUACUUACUCAUACUAACAGAGACCGGUAACAGGGAACAGGGACUCCCCUAAGACAAGAGUCCCUACAGAUGGAGGAAGGAGCAGGAAACCUCCGCAGUGCCCCUGGACCCCAGGUGGAAAACAAGGAGAGGGAGGAUGUUGCAACCAAAAGACCCCGGCGACGAAAUAAGAUGUUGCACCAGGAGCAAGAACCAGGCAGUCCCAGCAGGAAGGUUCAAGACAAAGAGAAGACGAAAAAGAGACACCGAAGAAGAAAAAAGAGCUCAAACACUAAAGGAGGUGCAGAUGUCAAAAGUGAGAGCGCAGAAAAAGACAAGACCGUGCAACAUGUGGAUCCACAAGCUGCAGACUACUUGCCAAAAGAAGAAAGCAGUGGAGGACAGCACCAGCAAAAAGCCAAGAUGGUGGGGGCUCAGACUCAGACAAGGAGAUGUAAAGGCACACACAAAGUUACACAAACUCCAGUUGUUUCUCAGAGCAACAAGGAAACACAGACAGAUGUCACUGUGCCACAACAAGACGACACAAACAAUGAACAGACUCAACCUGGAACCAGCCACGCUGCAGAGACACAGACAGAACCAGACAAACACACAUCUCAACCCACAGCGCAAGGUGACAGCGCCGCUCAGACUCCUUUAAGAAAACAUGAAAAUCCAGACACCGAGAGAGCAGCGUCAGAUUCAGCCAAGGAGCGAAAAACAGAGAUAGAAUCCAAAUCUAAAGAGGAGAAUCCCUCUGCAGGGGUCUCAGGUGAUCCCACAGAGUCUCAAAUCCAAAAAGGUGCUGAACCAUUGUCUUAUGCUAAAGCUGUGUCCGGAGAGGGGAAGAAUGAGAAACAGUCCAACGUGGCAGCACGAGAUAAAACCACAAAAACAUCCCAGAGCACACGUGAUCGAAGCCCAGUGAGGCCUCCACCUGGAGCUCCCAUGUUCACCUUUCACAUCUACGCUGUGCUGGACAAAAAGUUUAGAUUCAACCAAGAAUAUGACACGCUUGUUCUGUUUUAUGGGGAGAGAGAGUAUUUACCUCUUCAAGUGACACAUUUUGUUGGAGUAAAACAGGAAGGCUAUCUGGUAGAAGCAAGUCUGCCAGUUGAAGAAAGAACCCUGCAGAGAGGAAUCUGGUUGAACUAUAGGUACGGUGUUAAACAAAGACAAAAGGAGAUAAUAGAAGUUGCCUCAAGACAUGUUGAAAUUCCUCUGAACUCAAAUAUUAAAGAGCUUCACCUCUACGAAGGCUUCAUCGGUCGUCAGGAGGUGCAGGGUUUGUGGCAAACUGGUCUUCACAUGGUCGGCUUGAAGAAGUCCAAAGGUGUGGAGAUUUCAGACGCCUGGCAGGCCGCAGCGAGAACUCUGCUGAACAGACUCUUCCAGGAAUGGUCUCCAUCAGACAGACAGAGCACCGCGACCCUGGGUGAUAACUUGAAGCAUUUUAUGAUGAGUCUUGGUUCUGCACAUUCAAGGGUGGUUUACCCAGACAAUUCACAACCUCCCAUGAUCAAGACGUUCGACCUGAUUUCAGAGAACUUGGUUCAGAUCCUAGAAGGAGAGCCGAGGGAGAAGUUCCCAGAAAUAUGCAGAGGCACCAGUCCUCUUGUUCUGGGCCUGUCUGUUUUCAUGGUUACCAGGAAGCUUGAAAUCAACCUUGGAGUGAAAGGCUGGGCUGAGCUAUGUUCCCUGGUGUCCUCAGGGGCCGCAAUGGACAAGAGUAACCUGGAUGGGUUGCUCAGUUCUUUCCAAAAUCCACAAUACACUGUGCUGGGGCUGAUGAACCACUGUGCUAAUUUCAUGGUGUCGGAGCUCGUCCUGCUCGUCCCUCUGCUCUUCAGACUCCGACAGGCGGGAGCUGACGCGACAAAAGUGGGUCCAACUGUAGAGGAAGAAAACUGGUCAGGACUUGAACACGUGAACUUCAGCAGGUUCAGAGAGUGGAUACAGCCCCACCCCGACAAGAGAAGGAGAAUGAUGAGUUUGAUCAAGUCGCAGUUAUCCAUGGCUGAAGAGACGCCCCUACUUCUGAUCAGCUGGUUGUCUCUUGUCGCGUUUGAUGAUCUUCCUGAUUUCUCAGACCUGACGGGGAUACCAGCAGAACACCUGAUCCAGAGUCUGUUGUACAGGCUCCGCAAAUGUGGCGACACAAUGGAUCAGAAGAUUGUAAAGCAUGCUGAAAAAACCUUGACUCAUCUCCUGCUGAAGGUCGACAGAGAGAGGAACAGGAUGAUUGAAUCCGGAAACAUCCACCCAGCCUUCAUGAGCAGCAUCAGUGUGGCAAGGACGACAUGCGGCAUUGCGCGACUUGUCUCGUGGCACCCGGCGGUCGUCCUGUCCUACCAGCUGGUGUUGAAACUGGCGGAGGGUUUGGACGAUGUGCUGAGAAACAAACCCAAAGACGAUCAGUUUGAGCAGCACUUAUUGAAGGAGCUGCACGACAUUCAGCAGAAAAUCAGUGAAUGGCGAGAUGAGCUGCUGAAAAAACCCCUCCUGUCGCCGUCGAAAACGAUCUCCUACACGAAGGAAAUCGAGAUGUGGGAUGCGCUGCUCAAGGUGGAAUGCUCUAUCGAAGAGGUUUCAUCCCGCUGGACUCAGAGCCUGACAAAAGCCCUGAGGAAGAGGAUUUCCCAGUCAAGUGAGGAGAAUAAAGUACUGGUGUGCUGCCACGAGGCAACCAUGGCUGCUAUAAGGAAAAGCCACAGCGUUGUACAGGCCUGUUUCGAUGAGCUGUGUCAGUCUGCUAUCAAGACAAUCUGCCAGAGAGGGCAGGACGGGGACCUGAUGCGAAGCCUCGGCCAGAAGGUGAAAGAUAUUCCUGCUGUCAUCCUGUCUGCUGUUGUUGUUGAGUCAGCAGCACGAUUCAAAGAUGACUCAGUGAUCCAGCUGCUCCAUCCACAGUCAGCCGUGAGCUUCCUGCUAUUAUACGGUGAUUGGAAGUCGAUCCAGGUGGAUGACUCUGCAGGGCAUGUCGUCCACAGCUGCGUGGUCGCGGUUCAGUCUCUGGUGGAGUCUCUGCUUCAGGGACACAUUCCCCUGGGACACCUGCAGACCUGCCUGAAACAUAGAGAGCAGUUUAAGAGACUUUACCUACAGUAUAAGAGAAAUACCAAAUCUGAAACGGUUCCUGUGGAAGCGGAGACUGUUCUGACUCAGAGAGAGAAGGAUUUGAACUCUUUCCUGCAGCGGAAACAGCAGAUGGACACACUGAUAAAGAUGAUGGCAAAGGUUAAAGAAAACAUCACAGCUCCUGAGAUGUCGGCUCUUGAGGAGCAGCACAGUGCAGAUCUCCAGACUGUGAGCCUUAACAAACUGGUGCUGGUUCAGUCCUUUGAUGCUGAGGGAAGGUUGAAGAAGGUUGAAGGUCCUCCUCAGGUCCGCUGGUAUAACACCAGUGUGAGUGCCUUGAAAAUGUCCAGUGAGAUGCACAAACUGCAUCACAGCAACCUGAUUCUAUCCUCGUGGGUCAAGGGAGCGGCGUCUCUGGCAUCAGCAAGGCGACCCUCCUCUGCUCCACUUCCAAUAACCCUGACGCAGGUCUGCGAAAACAUCUGGGGCCCGCUGCUGGAGGAGUUCUUUCAGCUUGGUGUCAGCAUAGCAAACGCAAACAUCACUAUCGAGCGGCUUGAUCGGGUUUUGGCGGAGUCUGGCGACCAGGGCGACGGGAAGCUCAUGAAGAAGGAGCUGAUUCUGAUGUCAGACAUGUUUUCUGAGUCAACACGGUUCAGACCUGAGAAGAACUGGGUGGAACUGAGACUCGAUCAGAUCCAGGAGUACUCGCAGCUCCACGAGGCGGCGGCUGCAGCCAGUGCAGUUCUGAAGAUUGUUCAAAAAAUGGAGCUUUCUGGGAACUUUACAGAAAUUGACGCUCUGAGUCAACUGGAGGAGGACAGCUUUAAGCAGAGAGUUCUGGGAUCCCUCAGGGAAGACCUGUUUCAGGCCAAACAGCAACUUUCUGCAGUCACCAAGCAGCACACUGUCUGUCUGGAAGAGUUUCUAGCGAGUCAAACUCUGGUCAGCUGGGUCAAAAACAACCUUGGAAAUAUGAGCGACGUGAAGGUUUAUGUGGACUUGGCUUCCAUAUCUGCCGGAGAGAACGACAGAGAGAUCGACCAGGUGGCCUGUUUCCACGACGCAGUGAUGGGCUACGCUCCUCUGCUCUACUCCCUCUCCCCUCAGGCUGGCUUUGAGGAGUUCAUGAAGUGUGCUCAGCAGGUGUGGGACACCCAGAGCAGAGAUGAGAAGCUCCCAGACAAAUUGAGAGAGUCUACUCGAUUACUGAACUGGCUGAAAGACCUGAAGGAGACCCACGGCUCAGUGGAGCAGUCCUCUCUCUCCCUGGCUUCUUCUAUUAAUGCACAUGGAGUGUAUCACAUAGGAUGGUCUGAUGAAAACACACAUAGGAGAUGUCUACAGAACAUGGUGCAGGUCAGAGUGAUGAAGGGCAGAGAGGAGAAGAGCUACAGGCUGGAAGAGCUGCUGGAGCUACAGAACAAACUCAUGCUCAUGUCAUCCAAAGGGGAGCACGGCAGAGAACAAGUCAACAGGUUCACAGAGGUUUUUGAAGGCAUUCAGAGACUUGGCACCAUCCUUCUUCAGAUGCAAGGAUCUGGCAAUAUGCUCUUCAGGGAGUGGCAUGCUGAGGUCCACUGCUGUCCACAACAGCAACCCUGCAUCAAAAUCACCUUCUUAUCCCUGAAGGGUAAGGAGAUGUCAUACUACGGCGAGCUGAGCGAGCAGCUACAGAAGCUCGCUCACUCCAUGGAAAUCUGCCAAAGAGAAUGGCGUUCCUUCAUCAGUGAGAUGCGCUCCAAGUUCAGCUUGCUGAACCAUUACACCUCAGAGCAGUUGGUGUACCUGUGCUACUGGAUUCACAAAGUGUGUCAACGUCAGGCGUCAGUUCCUCAACAGUUAUGGCAUCUGCUUUUUCCAAUAAAGCCUCAGUGCACUCUAGUUGAUGUCAGAGACGCUUACUGUAAUGCAAUAAGUGCGGUGUCAAUGCAUGCUGAACUGGAAGAUGCUGAUGAUGAGUCUGAUGAUGAAGAUCAAUAUUUGGAACCUUAUACAGAGUUAACACCAGCGUCACCAGGACACCCCGAAGAAACUCAGGAUUUGAUGCAGUUUUCUUCCGAGGAUGAAGAUGAUGGUGUCAUGACAUGUGAUGAUGACAUUAGGAAGCAUGAUGAGGGCAUUCUUGAAAACCUCUGGAGACUAUUCAAGGAACACAUGUCACAAUACCUCAGUGAAUACAUGGACAUCUCAACUCUGGCCCACUUCCUCUCAUGCCUCUCUGAAACGAACCAGCAGCACAUGAUCAGGAACCUACCCCCGAUUCUCCAGGAGGGAAAGCCCAAUCUUUUGCUUUGUCCCAGCGCAGAGGUUUUUACCACCACCCUGUCUUUUUACAUGGCGAGUCCAGAGCAGCCUCUGCCCUCUGCUGAUGAGGUUCUAGUCUGCAGAGAGGAGACCACAGAGGAGGAGGUGGAGAUCUUUCUCCGCCGAGCUCUUGGUCAAGGCUCCAAGCAAAACUGUCAGAAGAUAUAUUCUCUUGUCAAUCCUGGGCUGCUGGGAUAUGACGUCAGUGUGGCCUUGGGGGAGCUCUUCGAGGCCCUUGAGAGAAGUGCCAACCCACAUUAUCGUUUGGUAAUAGUCAGUCCGGUUGUGCACCAGCACAGAUAUGUGCCAUCUUUCUUCAGCAAUGACAAAGUACAAGCUGGUGUGAGUCUGACAGCAACGACUGCCAGGGAAUAUCUGCAUCACCACUUCACACAAAACACACUCCUGCAAAACCCUGUCGCACGGGUUUCUCCAGAUCAACUGUCGGUCUGGAUGGUGUCAUCUGUACGCCCUGCAGUUGGGAAAUCCCUUUAUGUGGAUCGUUUGUUCGAGAAGUUCCAGCAGAAAUCUCCCGGAGCAAAACAUCUCAGGAUCAGACUUAUUGAGCCAUGUGUUGACAUAGACUCCUUGAUCAAGAACCUAUCAGAGAAAAUGGCAUUCUUGAGAGAGCAGGACCCUGUACUCCUGCACAUUGACACUGCUGGAGUUCGUUCAGGCCUUGAGGAGCUCCUGUUCCAUCUGUUAGUUCUGGGCUGUUUGAGUGACAGCCACGGCAUGCUGUGGAGAAGGAAUGUAACUCACUUGAUCACUGUUGAGGUCCUGAACACAUCCACAUCCUGUCAAAACCAGCCAAAAGAGAUGAGGCUUGGACUUCUGGACAUUCUGCCUACCAUCCAUUGUAGACCUCCAAAAGAGGUGGGGCAGUUGUUGGCUCAAAGAAAUCAAAGGGUUUUAACAAAUCAGACCUUUGAUCCAUUCAUGGAUGAGCAAGAGUUUUGCAGUGAGGGGAUUCAAAGACCCUAUCAAUAUUUGAGGCGCUACUACCAGAAUCAGAAUCUGGAUCAUUUUAAGUACCAAGUAGGAUCCAGACUGGGGGAUCCUGUCGAUUGUCUCACAUACUUCCUGCGGUACUGUGGAAUGCAAGAUCCAUCCUGGGCUGAGCUGAAGAACUUCUCCUGGUUCCUCAAUGUGCAGCUGAAAGACUGUGAGAACUCAAUUUUCUGUGACCCAGAUUUUCUGGCUGACCAGCUACCUGGUUUCAAGGGCUUCAUUGUGAAGUUCAUGAUUCUAAUGGCAAGAGAUUUUGCCUCACCUUCUCUGAACACAUCUGAUGAAAGUCCGAUGCUGCAUCUUAAACACAGUCUGGAAGAUGACCUUCUUGAUCGUCUGACAAUUCGCAAGCGUUGGGAAAAUGAGUUUCAUCCAUACAUUUUCUUUAACGCAGACCGAUUAUCAAUGUCUUUUCUGGGCUUUAAUGUGAAGACAUUGGGAAACACACUCUGUGCAGUAGAUCCUCAGUGCAAAAAGGUACUGAUAGAGGAUGUGAUGUCACAGAAAAUCUUUCAAGGUUUGGAACAGCAAAUGAUCUCUCUCACUGAGGACUUUGAUCAGCUGCCCCGGCAACGCAAAAUCAAAAGGAUUUCAUAUGUUGUUGGUGCAGAGAAAGGAAUGAUGGACAGCAAGUUCGAUCCAGACCCAACAUAUGAGCUCACUGCUGACAAUGUGAUGAAGAUGUUGGCCAUAAACAUGAGAUUCCGGUGUGGAAUUCCAGUCGUCAUCAUGGGAGAGACCGGCUGUGGAAAAACCAGAUUAGUCCGUUUCCUUUGUGCUCUGCAGAGGGAGGGAAGACCAGUGGAGAACAUGGUACUUGUCAAGGUACAUGGUGGCACUACAGCAGAGAUGAUCUACAGAAAGGUUAGGCAGGCAGAGAUACUUGCCGAGAAGAACCGUAGAAAGCACAAGCUAGACACCAUUUUGUUCUUUGAUGAAGCCAACACCACAGAGGCCAUUUUUGCCAUCAAGGAAAUCCUGUGUGAUCAGUCAGUGAAAGGUAACCCUCUGAAAGCAAACAGUGGCUUAAAGAUAAUAGCUGCUUGCAAUCCUUACAGGAAGCACUCACCUGAAAUGGUGGAACGCUUGGAACGUGCAGGAUUAGGAUACAGGGUGAAGGCAGAUGAAACAGAAGACCGCCUUGGCAAAGUCCCUCUGAGGCAGCUGGUGUACAGAGUUCAUCCUCUGCCACCCAGCAUGACUUCCUUGGUGUGGGAUUUUGGUCAGCUGAGUGAUUCAACUGAACUUUCCUACAUCAAACUGAUUGUCCAGAAGAAAGUUGCUGACCAUUAUUUGCCAGAGGCCUGCAAUAACAUAAUUUCAAAUGUGCUGGCAAUCUCCCAGAAAUACAUGCGAAGUCGGAAAAAUGAGUGCAGUUUUGUGAGUCUCAGGGAUGUGGAGAGGUCUAUGAAGGUGCUAGUUUGGUUUUACCAGCACAGUGAGGUCCUUUUCAACAACCCCCAUCUUCACCAGAUUGAUAAAACACUGAAGUGCCUGAUUCUUGCAGUUGGUGUCUGCUACUACCCGUCUCUGGUGGCCAAAGAGGAGUACCUUGCUGUAAUUUGUAGGUACUUUCCAGAGCCUCUCUGCUCUUCAUCAGCAUUGCAAGAAGAGAUUUCAUCCUGUCAAGACUUCUUCCUGCAGAACAUACAGACAAGGGAGACAAUAGCCAAAAAUGUUGCACUAAAAGAGAAUGUGUUUCUCAUGGUGGUUUGCAUCGAGCUCAGGAUCCCACUCUUUCUGGUUGGAAAGCCAGGCAGCUCUAAGUCACUCGCUAAAACAGUGGUUGCUGAUGCCAUGCAGGGCCAGAACUCCCACUGUGAACUGUUCAAGAAACUCAAGCAAGUUCAUAUGGUCUCCUUCCAGUGCAGUCCUCACUCAAGUCCAGAGGGCAUCAUAGGGACAUUCAAGAACUGUGCCCGGUUUCAGAAGGACAAAAACAUGGAUGAGUAUGUAUCAGUGGUGGUGCUUGAUGAGAUUGGACUCGCAGAAGAUUCUCCUCAGAUGCCCCUGAAGACCCUUCAUCCUCUUUUGGAGGAUGGGUGCAUUGACAAUGACAAACCAGAUCCACACAUGAAGGUCGGCUUUGUUGGCAUCUCCAACUGGGCUCUUGACCCAGCAAAGAUGAACAGAGGAAUAUUUGUGUCCAGAUGGGAUCCAAGUGAGGAUGAACUUGUGGAAACUGCCAAAGGAAUAUGUUCAUCCUCCAGACAGAUUCUCCUGAAAAUCACACACCUCUUCCAACCUCUGGCAAAAGCCUUCCUGAGCAUCUGUAAUGAGACCUCAAAGAAUCAGUUCUUUGGUUUAAGGGAUUAUUACAGCCUCAUCAAAAUGCUCUUCGCCGCAGUCAAAUCCACACAGCAAGAGCCAGAUGGUGGACAGUUGGUUGAGGCCAUCUUAUGUAACUUCAGUGGACAGCCAGAGGGCUUUGACCCUGUCAUAUUUUUCCAAGAGGUUCCCCAAAACCUUACAGAAAUUCCCAGACCAAGCACCUUGCAAAUGGUGAAAAAGAAUCUUGAUCAUGACACCGACCAGGAGAGCCGUUACCUCCUUUUGUUGACCACCAACAAUGCAGCUCUCCAUAUCCUUCAGCAGCAAGUUUUUGCCAAAGGAGAUUGUACACGACCUGAAAUAGUCUUUGGCUCGGGAUUCCCAAAGGACCAGGAAUAUGCCCAAAUCUGCCGUAAUGUGAACCGAGUGAAAACAUGCAUGGAGACUGGUCGCACCGUCAUCCUACUCAACAUGCAAAAUCUUUAUGAAAGCCUGUAUGAUGCCUUGAACCAGUACUAUGUUUACCUCAGUAAGCAGCAGUACGUUGAUCUAGGUCUUGGUUCCCACAGAGUGAAAUGUCGUGUCCAUACAAACUUCAGACUGGUGGUAGUGGAGGACCAGAAGAAGGUCUAUGAGCACUUUCCUGUGCCCCUCAUCAACAGGCUUGAAAAACACAGGCUGGACAGGAGUACUGAUCUGGAGCCAUGGCAACACAGGGUUCUUGACAAACUGAAGGAAUGGGUGAAGGAAGUCUGCAGUGAGGCCGCAGUGGAUUUCAAGCUGUCCGACAUUUUUGUUGGCUACCAUGGAGAUGCCUGUGCCAGUGCUCUCUUGCAAGCACUUGAAAGGAGAAUACAGAAAGUUGAAGACAAUCCAGGAAGACAACAUCAACGGGAUGAAAAUGGUGACUCAGUGGAAGAAGAUGAACCAAACGAAACCCUUGAGCCAAAUUCUAAUGGACAGAAUGAGGUAACUGACAUGUUGGGUGACGCAAUGGACAUAGAUAUUGCUGGAAAAGACCAAGAAACUGAGUCAGUUGAAAAUAUUGAUGAUGAGUCCACUGAGGUGUGUGAUGAUGAGAACAAAGUGAUGUCUGAGAGUGAGGAAACAAUGGAGACAGAAGACAAUGUUGAGUUUGCUGUGGACAAUGAGGAGGAAGAAGAAGUCUUCGAUUUAGCCAAAUGUCUCUUGUUGAACUGUGCCACCCCUGACGCUGUGAUGAGGCUCAAGUACUCAGAUUUAGCAAACCAGGAGAAGGAGAAACUCCAGAGGAUGUACUUCCAGCAACAACAUCACCACUCGCUUCGAGAUUUCCUGGAAGACUGCCUGAACAAGACUCAAGGGUCCACCAAGUUUCUCGAGAUAACUACAUUCUCCAGCUUGUUAACCAGAUCAGAUGUCAAGGUUGUAGCCCAUGCUCUAGGACUGCAUUCGGACACUAUCCUCCUGCUUUCGCUCCACCAGUUUGACACUGAAGUCUCCUUCUGCAGCACGAUACGGGGCUUCCUUCAAGAGGCCGGCCAAUCUCUUCACAUCCUGUUAAUCCAGAUGGACCUUGAGGAAUCCCAUUGCAGUGAUGAGCUCAUAGCAUCAGCAAAAUACUGCACCAUGAAUUACUUGAUGUCCCUGGAGGAUCAGCCCUGUUGGGUGAUUUUCAUUGUGAAGGUUUCUCGGAUCCUAAGUCAGUCUCAGUAUAUUGGUUUCCAAGGAGGAGUCUGGCAGUCGGUGCAUAUUGAUGACCUGAGGGAUUCAGAGGACAUGAGCCUGAACCUGUUCAGUUUCUGUGGGACUCUCAUUAGCAACCUGCUCAACCCUUCACUGUCAGAACACCAUGAAGAUGAAGAAAUGGUGUGGAAAAGUAAAGACUCUCAGGCAGAUAGAGCCCAUCUCCACAGCCUGUCCUUAGUGAGAUCUUGUAUCCAAAAAGCUGUGGGUUUGCUGAGGGACCCCAAUGGGGUCACAUCACGGAGCAUGCAGCGGAUGCACAUCCUUCUGAGUCUUCUGGGAACUGGUCAAGGUCACAUAGGAGCUGACUUUCAGAGGGUGUUGCUGAGUAGACUGGCUGAGGCCUUGGCACAGAGAGAAGUAUGGAUGGGCUCUCCUAAGGAUUGGGUGAGCAACGAGGCCAAGAAACAGCAGGCUCUACAAGAGGGGGGAACUUUGAGACAUACCCUGUGGCGCUGUCUUCAGUCCACCAUCACGCCGAUCUUGGCCAGUAUGGUGGAACUUAUGGACAGGAAUGCAAAUCUCGACCUGCUCUCCGAUCAAAGGCUCAGCGAGGGCCUGAUAAAACUGUGGUUGGACAUCCUGGCAGAUUCACAGAUCUUAAACCUAACUCCUCUUCAGAAACCAAGUGAGUCAGACCAGGAGGUGCUUGUGAAGCACUACUUCAUGUUGGAUGGUGAAGAACAGUCCUGCUCUGCCCCGUUCAGCUGGCUCAUCACAAUGCACCUUGAAAGCCUGUGGGAGGAAUCUGAGUUUAUGCCGGUGACCAAAGAGGACGGCACAGAGAGGAUUCUCCACUUUGUGAGCACUUUCAGCAGCAGCAGGCUCAGCAGUCACUUACAGAGACUCUCAGACGGGGAGCAACUGCAGUACAGUCUCAACUACCUGCAGGACUUUCUGCUGCUGUCUUUUAAGAUCAAGUCAAUGGAUGAGCUCAGGGUGUUCACCAGGGCCGUGACAGGCUGCGUGUCUGAGCUUCAGAAGUCCACGGGUGCCGCCGCUGACCUCUCUCCUGCCUGGAUAAUGGCUGCUGCCAAACAUUUUGCCCCCAGACUGGACACCCUCUGCCACAUGUUUCUACUGCAGCCCGAGCUCGCCACUGACGUCUUUCAGCAGAGGUCAAAGGGGGAGCCCCAGGAAAUGGUGGAGGACAUUUUAGCUCUGGGCGUCUGUGUUGAGCAGACCAAACUACUGACUGUGACGUCUCUGAGUGAGUGCAAGUCCUUUGUGCACAGAGUGGAGUUUCUGCAGCCGUGUCUAGACAGAGCAUUCAGUCAGAAAUACAGCACCCUCUGCAGCCCAGGAUGCCUGCAACACCUGGACUCCAUCAGGUCACUGUGGCACGGGAUGCUUGUUGUUGCAUCAUUCAUCCAGCACAUCGUUUUUGAAGUGAAAGCGAAUGAUGUGCGAUUGAAAGAACUGGCUCUCAAACACUGCAACCUCCACCUGAACCUGAUGCAGGAAUCACCUGAUGUGAGGAGCAUGGAAACACUGGAGCAGCUGAUCCGCAUCCUCAACUCUUUCCACGAUGAGUGUAUCAGCAGGGAUCUGAGGUUUGGCAUUUCUUGCUCAGUUUGCUGGCUGGAGCUCAAAGAGCCGUCUGUGCUGCCCUGCCAGCACGUCUUCUGUCUGCCGUGUCUGCAGCUCUGCAUUCAGCCACACAGACGUUCCUGUCCUACAUGCAGGGCAGACAUUCCGGCUGAUUUCAGGCUGACUGUUUCUCACACCGUCAAGGCAUCCCUUCAGCAGCAUGCAGCCAUCAGAGACUGCUGUAACUCCUUCUUCCUGGAGGUGGUGUCCAGGUUCUGUCUGUCAGAGGGCCAGAGGCCUGGAGAGGGAGUGGUGGAGCUCCUCUUCUCUUUACUCAUCUCUGCUAACGGAGAUGUGUACAGGACCCGAGAGCUCACUCCCUUCCUGGAGUGUGUGGAUAACAACCCGGUGGUCCGAUCCGUGCUGCCCAAACUUUUGCUGCAAUACAGCUUUGACCAGGCGAAGGCUCACAUUCAGUCCUACCUGAAGAACCUGGAGGAGAACAUUCUGGGCAGAGAAGACCACACUGAACUCUACCUGCUGUUUGUCAACUGUUUCCAGGACUCUCUGUUGUGCUCAGAGGUGAGAGAAGUAGAAGAGAGCAGAGAGCAACAGAGACAAGCAGAAAUCAGAUUCCUGAGCAGGAUCGCCAGGAGACAGACUCCAGACAGGCAAGAGGACCCGGCAGAGUUCCUGCUCAACAUGGCCAGGCUGAGAAUAUGCAUGAGCACGGCUGCCCGGCUGCUGGAGCGAGCCACGGUUCAAGGCAGACGUAAAGAGGCGGAGGUUGAGUACCUGCAGCAGGUGAGGGCGGUGUGUGAGUACAGCGGUAACGACUGGCACAGGGUUUACCUGCUGCGAGCCCUCUGCAGACUCUCUGGCACGGACCACAUACUGUCCCUGAUGAACAGUCCAGCCUGGAGAUGGGUGUUUCCUGCUGAUCUCAUUCGACUUCAGAGGAUGAUUCCGGCUAACGUGGACCAGUUCCUGUGCUGUGGGCCGUCUUACCGAGCUGUGAGAGACGCCGUGGCCCAGGUCCUCCUGGAAAACAGAUCAGACACCUUCAUGACAGAACUGCAGAAGCUGAGCGGUUCUCAGAUCAACCUCCUGGCCCUGGCCUUGUUCAGACACGUCACCUGCCGCUACAAGUCACCUGACAUCACCGUACGUCCAUCCUCACAGGAGACGGCGAGGCUGGAGCAGCUCCUCAGAAACAUCACAACAAGGGAGUUGAGGGAGUUCUGCGCUUCACUUCUGUUGAAUCAGAUCGGUGGACCGGGCUCGCCUCUCCAGAUCAGCCAGAAUCUUUCACAUCAGAGACAAACCCUCCUGGAGCUGCUGGUCCAUCUGGACUCUGUACUCCUUAGUGGAAAUGCUUUGCUGGGUCCUCUCUACCAGAUCGCCUCCCAGCCUCAGAACGUUACAAACUCCUUUCUGCCGACUAUGCCUGACGAUCACACGAGUGAAGUCAGACAGUGGCUGAGUGGAGAGAGGAGAGUUCAGAUGUACACCUGUGCCAAUGGACACGUGUGCGUUGUGGGAGAGUGUGGUAAACCAGUGGUUGUAUCUAAAUGUCCUGACUGUGGACUUCCAAUUGGCGGGGUAAACCACUCCCCAGUCAGCGGGUUUACUCAACACACAGAAUCGAGAGAUCAAACUCGGACAGGACACGUGUUAGGAGAGGCAGGUCAGAGGUCUGAGGCCCCUGAAAGGCAGAUGACUUCUGCUCAGUCCUGCAUCCUGCGGCUGCUGACGCACCUCGCCAUGCUGCAAGGCACCAUAAGAAAUCCGAGAGGAGUUGAAGACAUGAUCCACCCCAGGCCGAUUCAUGCUCUCAACUUCCUGUGGAGCCACCUAGAGAAGGACAUGCGUGUGCUGGAGCAGACUUUGAGCCAGAACAAGGACAACGCGGUUGUUACGGUUCAUUUGGUUCUCAACGUCUGCGCAGGAUUCACUACAGGUUCUCGUGGUGCAAGACCUGAUCUGUCCUCCAGACAAGGACGGCAGCAGUGGGAGAAGCUCGUCUGUGAUUCUGCCAUCAGCCCAGUGCUUCAAAAUCUGCAGAAUCUUCUGGCUGAAGCUGCGGACAGAAUCCGUGCUGUUGAUGGACUUACUGGAAGCCCCCUGAUGAAUCUACUCCACGGGGAUCCUGGGAACAUGUUGUCCCUCCCCUCUGACUGCCCAACACACCGCUCCUCCUUUUGGACUUUCCCUGAGAUGAUGACAGUGGAGCGAUUCUCUCGGCUGGUGGAAGAAGCGCAAGGACGCAGCUCUUUACCUCUGCUGAGCAUGUUCCUCAAGAAGAUACACUGUGUGAGACAGCUACACCACCUACCUGAGCUGGCUGCUCUACAGUCAGACCUGCUGCGGGUGUUUCCUCUGACGUCAGACUCUGCACCUCAGACCAUUGCACAGAUGCUACAGCACAUACCAGCAGGGUACCAGAAGAAGAUGCUGUUUGAGAGAGUGGAGAGAUUCAUCAAAGUGUGGAACUGCCUCAGAGAGGAGAUGAAAAAAAACUCAGCAGACUUGGGUGUGGAUGUGAACUUGUGUAAGAAGGAGGUGACAGCAGAGAGCUCCGGGGAGUUUCUGACACCGUGCCGACAUGGACCGGGGUCGUGUCUCCGAACUCUGGUGGACUUCCUGUCGGAGACUCACAACAGCCUGGUGAGAGAAGCGAGGAGAGCGAGCUGCCAAGAGGACAGUAAAUACAAUGUUCAGUUGGAGAGGAUAUCGGAAACCCAGCUGACCCUGUGCAACCCAGAGAGAGAGCUGCUACCUUUGGUUCUAGCUCACUGUCACUACACCUUGAAGAAAGGUGGGGAGAUGGACAGAAGCUAUGAUCUGCCAGGGAUCCAGACCCAGCUGGCUCGCCGCUUCCUGGCUGGAAAACCAAUCAUCCAAGCGGACAACUCAAGAUACCUGAACAGACACCUGCAGGAUUUCUCUGUGGUUCUGUCCGAGGUCAGAGGAAAGAUUCGUCAGGAACCGCUGAAGGGUUCGGUGUGCAGCGCCAUGAGAACCGUUCUGCGUUCAUACACAGAUGUUUGCGAAGCCGUGUAUGUGGUGGAGAUUGGCCUUCGCUACCUCGGCAAGACGGGCGGUGAUCCUCAGGGUCAGCUUUCGUCCUACCUCACUGAUUCUCUGCAGAUGCGCCGGCAGAUUUCCAGCACUGUAGCCAAGAGUCUUGGAGAGAGCAAACUGGAACACAGCAUAUUUGCCUGGCAACUCCUGACUUGUUGGAAAUCUGAGCUUAUGCUGAACAAAAAGCAUGACCCAUUCCAGAAACUCCCCUCACAGUUCCAGCAGAAGCUGUCUGAGGACCAGAGGAAAGGGCUGAAGGGUUUCCUCGCUGUCACAGAUGUUGACACUUUCUCUUUGGAGCUGCAUGAAAUUCUGCUGCUGAAGACCAGCAAUGCCGUGCCUGACCAGGGUUACCAUCCACACUGGGACAUCAGGUACACCGUAGAGAUCCAUUUGGACGAGAAAGGCCUUCCACCUCUGCUGGGGCUCGAGUCUUUAUCAGAGGAGAUCACACUGGGACAAGGAGCUGAUGUGUGGAGGGCAGCUGUGGAGUUUAAAAGAAGAUAAAUUAUUUCUACAGAGAGCUGAAUAAUUUGUGAAUAAAGUGUUUUAUUGUUAUUACUGUCCAUAAGGGAAUAUCUGAAUUAAGAUAGGCUCUCAUUAAUAAAUACAUUCCAUAGAUGGAUGGACAACUACCAGGUCAGGAGGCCCUUGCGACAAGAGCCUCUGUAUGAAGUGAAUGUUAAUAUUUCUCAGUAACAAAGCCCAAAAUAACCCCAGAGAGAUGCAAAAUGAUCCCAGAGAGAGGCAAAACAACCACAAAGAGACACAAAAUGACCACAGAGACACAGGCAACU